AUGAAGACGGACAACUACCUCGCGCUCUGUCUGGAGCAGGCAGCCCUCUCGCCCCUCCACCACCGCCACGGGAGCAUCGUCGUGCGCGGCGGCAAGGUCAUCGGCCACGGCUACAACGACUACAGACGCGGCUAUGACGGCGGGGCCCUCAAGACAGGGCAGCUGGCGACGAAGCCCAAGCCGAAACCGAACUCAAAGCCAACGGGCUUCACAUCUUUAGACGCCUACGCCAUGGGCGGUGGAUGCUCAGCUAAUGCGCCGCUCUCCAUGCACGCCGAGAUGAUGGCGAUCCGCUCCGCGCUCGCAACUUCCAGCGCGCUGGCCGCCACGGCCGUGGAGGUGCAAAAACCGUGCGCCAAACUACCGGGUGCGGCUUCUAAACGAGGGGGCCAGCGACUCCGCGACGAGGCCGUGUGGGCGUACGUCGAGCGCGUCUGCGCCGAGGUCUUUGGCGCGGCCGCCGAGGGCCGCGAGUGGGGAGUUUCAGGUGGAAGAGGACGUGAGAGUCAGAGUAUUAAGUUUGGGGGCCGUGGCCGCAAGAAGCCGGCCCAGAAGCAUCGUUACGUGCCUAAGAGCGAGGAUAGUUUUUCCCGACAUACUACUAUCCGUGGGCUCGUGGCAGGCCCUGGGAUAGAAAAAGACCGCAAGACCGGCUCCGAUUCCAGAAGCGACGCUGUGCACGGCGCGGUAAGCACAGCACUACAAAUCCCCCCUCCCCUCUCACCAUCAGAGCUCAACUCACCCACCUCGCACGCACAGAACCGCAAGAAGCGCGCGCCAGAUAGACCCCCUAACCACCCCAAGCCCAUUCUAGUACGCACCACCCGCAGCACCCAGGCCCCCUCAUCCUACACCACCAAAGAGCGCACCAAGCACGCCAAACUGCACGGCGCAGACCUAUACGUCGCGCGCCUCGGGCACGCCGGACCCGCACAUUUAAGCAGCAGCGGCGGCAGCAAAGCCCCCAAAGACCCAGUACCGCCACCACCAGCACCAACGCCAACACCACGCCCCACACGCACAGGCUCCCUCCACGAAGAGCUCACCCACAUACUCCCCGCCCCACCCCCACCACCAGCAGCGCUCCCGGCCUUACUCGACCGCCGCACCGUGCAGCCCUCGCGGCCGUGCUACCGCUGCGUCGCGUACCUGCAUGCGGUGGGCAUCAAGCGCGUGUACUGGACGAACAGCGAAGGGGAGUGGGAGGGGGCGAAGGUGCGAGAGCUGGCUGAGGGGUUGGAAGGCGGCGGCGCUGGGGGCGAGAUGUUUGUGACUAAAGGGGAGGUUUUGAGGCUGAGGCGGGGGAUGGGGGCGUUGAGGGUAUUGAGGUUGUUUGGUUUGGCUUUGGUGUGUAUGCGUGUGUGGAGAUGUCUUGCUGCGGGUUUGAGCAGUAGAGACAGUUUGAUGUCUGUCUACGUUCCUACCUAUGAAUCCGUCCAGCACCAUCCGUUGAGUCAGGAGCACCGUCCUAUCUGCAUGCUUUAUCCGGACAGGUCUCAAAGCUGA